AUGGGCAUUCAAAAGCUUCAAGUUGGUAUGGCCGGCCUAGGUCGUGUCGGGAAGUUGCACGCCACCAACUUUCUUCAGAAGACUCCCCGGGCAGAACUAGUUGCAGCUUUCACCCCCGACCCUACUGAAAUUGCAUGGGGAAGAGUGAACCUGGAGCCGCACGGUGUGACUCUUUACACCAAUUACGAUGAGAUGCUCAAGCACCCCGGCUUGCAGGCCGUGGCUAUUGGAACUGCUACCUCUGUUCACGCUGAGGAGGCUAUCAAGGCCAUUGAGAAAGACCUCCACGUUCUCUGCGAGAAGCCAUUGUCCACUGAUGUCGAAGUGUGCAGAGCAGUGGUUCAAGCUGCCCAGAAGAAGCCUCACUUAAAGGUGAUGUGCGGCUUCUCAAGACGCUUCGAUGACUCCUACCGGGAUGCCCAUGCCAAGAUGGAGCAGGGCCUCAUCGGAAGACCAGCCAUUAUCCGCAGCCAAACUUGCGACAAGUUUGACCCCUCGGGCUUCUAUGUUGAAUACGCCGCGUGGUCCGGUGGUGUGUUCGUCGAUAUGUCAGUGCAUGACAUUGAUCUCAGUCUGUGGUUCUUCGGUGAUGAUGUCCUCCCCAAAAGCAUCUCUGCCCAUGGUAUCACCGCAGUGCAACCGGAGCUCAAGAAAUACAAUGACUACGACAAUGCGGUCGGCAUUGUGGAGUUCUGGAAUGGCAAGAUUGCCUACUAUUACUGCUCCCGCAUGAUGGCUGCCGGCCAGGAAGACACCACUGAGAUUAUUGGCACCGAGGGCAAGCUGACCGUCAACGGCAAUCCGCAGCGCAACUUUGUCAACCUCUACCACUCCGGCGGCAUCACUCGCGAGAUCCCUCCCAACUUCAUGGGUCGUUUCAGCCCGGCCUUUGUGCAAGAGGCCAAUGACUUUACUGCAGCCUGCCUGGACAACACGCCGCUUCCUAUGAAGUUGACCAAUGCCGUCAAGGCUGUUGAGAUUGGUUCUUACCUUCAGGAGUCUCUUGUGUCUGGAAAACAGAUUCAUUUCGAUGAGAUUGGACGCCGGAUUGAGAAGGCCCAGCUGUAG